GUGACAACCGGUAGAGUCAGCUUAGAUGAACGGAAUGAACAGCUUCGCUUUUUGCUAGAAAAAUGGUUUGCAGAGACAUUCAUUUUGUAUUUACWACAGAAGGACGCUGAAAACCCAGCAACGAUUUUAUUGAAUUAAAUAAACGCUUUUUUUUUUGCGAUCAAACAAUGGAAGUGACCGACAUCAAGAGACAAUGGAGGGAUGUGUGGGGCUGUUUUUGUCUGGCGCUGCUAAUGGUAAAAAUUGGAGGAAUAUCCGCACAAAUUCGAUAUUCCAUCCAGGAGGAAUCCAAACCAGGAACUGCAGUUGGAAAUGUGGCGAAAGACCUCGGACUGGAUGCCGGGAGGCUGGCUGAGAGGAAUCUGCGUGUGGUAUCMGGAACAAAACAGGAUCUGUUUAAAGUAAACCCCAGAGAUGGAGUUUUGAUGGUGAACCAGAGAAUCGACAGAGAGGAGCUGUGCGCAAAAAGCGCUCCGUGCGUCACAAAUCUCAAAGCCYUCGUGGAAAAUCCUCUGGAAAUGCACCAGCUGAUUGUUGAAAUAAUUGAUGUAAAUGAUAAUUCUCCCAGAUUUCCAGAAGAGAACCASACAAUAGAGGUGCUGGAGUCUGCCGGCGUUGGUUCUCGUUUUCAGAUCGAAGGAGCGCACGACUUGGARGUCGGUUUGAAUUCCAUCCAUUCUUAUAAACUGAAUCAUAACCAAUAUUUUCGACUAGAAACCGAAGAUUUUGGAGAGGAAGGUAAAGUCCCUUUUCUAGUACUACAAAGACCUUUAGAUAGAGAGGAAGCUGCUCAACACUGGCUUCUGUUAACAGCUGCAGAUGGAGGAAAACCAUCAAAAUCAGGAACAUUAAAUAURACAGUUAUUGUAUCUGACAUUAAUGACAACUCCCCAGUGUGCAAUAAYCCAAAAUAUACAAUAACAAUAAAAGAGAACGCCCCUGUUGGGACAUUUCUGUUGACUGUAAAUGCAUCAGACCCAGAUGAGGGGAUGAAUGGUGAAAUCGAAUAUUCUUUAAGGAGUAAAAGUCGAGGUUUYUCAUCUGAUCCGUUUGAUUUGGAUAGCAGAACAGGUAAACUCACAGUGAAAGCACCCCUAGACUAUGAGGAAAAGCAGGUUUAUGAUAUUAAAGUCCUGGCUGCAGACAAAGGUUUGGUGCCUUCCUCCGCACAGUGUAAUGUGAUGGUCAGAGUGGAAGACGUGAAUGAUAACCAACCUGAAAUAGACAUCACGUCCUUCUCAAGUCGGAUUCCAGAAGAUGCGCCUCCUGGAACUGUGGUGGCACUCAUGGGCGUGACCGAUCUGGAUUCUGGUGUGAACGGACAGGUGGUSUGCGAGGUGCAUGGAGAUUUACCUUUUGACUUAAAGCCCUCACCUGACGGACAGUCUUAUUCUCUGGUUACUAAAGACUAUUUAGAUAAGGAAAACACACCUAUGUAUAAAAUCAAAAUAACAGCAAAGGAUUUAGGUACUCCUGUUCUAUCAUCUAUGAAGGUGAUUCUGGUGGAAGUGACUGAUGUGAAUGAUAACAAGCCUUUAUUCAGUGAAAGUCCAUACAAUUUCUAUGUCUCUGAAAAUAAUAAAGCAGGGAUGUCAAUAUUUUCAGUAAGCGCAACAGAUGUAGAUAGUGGUGAAAAUGCACUGAUCUCCUAUUCACUUCCACGGAAAUUUUCGAGCAGCUCAGUAACUUCAUUUUUAACUAUAAAUGAAGCAAACGGCACUGUUUCAGCAUUAAAAAUGUUUGACUUUGAGAGUCUGAAAACUUUCCAGUUCCAAGUUGUGGCCACAGAUUCUGGAGCUCCGUCUCUGAGCAGCAACGUGACAGUGAACGUGUUCAUUCUGGAUCAGAACGACAACGCUCCAGUCAUCCUGUAUCCAGUCAGCUCCAACGGUUCUGCUGAAGGCGUGGAGGAGAUUCCCCGCAACGUGAACGCAGGACACUUGGUGACUAAAGUCAGAGCCUAUGAUGCUGAUAUAGGAUAUAACGGCUGGCUGCUGUUCUCACUGCAGGAAGUCAGUGACCACAGUCUGUUUGGUUUGGACCGCUACACAGGACAGAUCAGAACACUUCGCUCGUUCACAGAGACAGACGAGGCUGAGCAUAAACUGCUCAUACUGGUCAAAGACAAUGGCAACGUGUCCCUGUCAGCAACAGCUACUGURAUUGUCAAACUGGUGGAGCCCAAAGAGGCUUUUGCAGCUUCUGAUGUGAAAAGUGCAGCAAAAGAUGAGGAGGACAAUAAUGUGACUUUUUACCUCAUCAUCACUCUGGGCUCAGUGUCAGUUCUGUUCCUCAUCAGCAUCAUCGUGCUGAUUGCAAUGCAGUGCUCCAAAUCCACAGACUAUACUUCUAAAUAUCUGCAGGAGGCUAAUUAUGAUGGGACACUGUGUCACAGCAUCCAGUACAGAUCUGGAGACAAACGCUACAUGUUAGUUGGACCCAGGAUGAGUAUAGGAUCUACUYUAGGACCCGGAAGUCAUGCAAACACUCUGGUGUUACCUGACAGGAGGAAAACUUCUGAGGUGAGAUUUGUUUUUUCCUUUCCAAUGUGAUGUAACGCUGUCCACAGUG